AUGGCAGGCGGCGACAACACAAUCAAGUGCAAAUCAUGCACUAGAGUCCUCGCAGCUGUCACAGCCGAUGGGCUCACUCCUGUACAAGCACCAGAAGAGUUCGGAUGCAGCACCUGCCAGCGGUUUGGCACACUCUACGAUGCUCUGCAAGCUGCAGAUAUCGAAUGGGCGGCUUUCGAAAACAAACGCGAUUCCAUCACGAAGAGUUUUGCGCGAGACAACCACAAAAAAGCCCGCAUGGAAUUCGAUAACUGGCUCAUGACAGUAGAGGCGCUCCCGGUUCCACCGACUGGAGAACGCACUACGCGCAUUGAACAAGCAAGUCCGGAGGUGCAGCAUGUGUUCCAUGGGAGCGAGCAACCACAUUUAGGCAUUGCGCGUCGAAGAUCACAUUCGCCAACAACCCAACCUCCUGUAACAGAUGAAGAAUCACCCAAUCCACGGCCGCAGCAAUGUGACGCGCCACUGUCUUUUCGGCCGUCGCCCAAGCGAUCGCGCAGCAUCAAUUCCCUGCUUGGACGAAAACGACUCAAGUUUUCAGAUACGGUCGAGUUCCACAAGACCUACCGCAGCAGUGAUGAGUAUCACCGGCCUAGCCAACUGUACGUCAGAGGCCGCAAUGCGCCGCCCGAAGGAUCGGAGUACAUGGACACAAGCGGAUCGGGCCAAACAUUUCUUAGGUUCACGCAAAUGAAGAAAGUGGGCGCAAAAUGGGUGGAGCUGAGUGAAGAGGACCUUGCUAAGAAGAGCAAGAGUCCGGCGCUUGCGGUAGCACAGCAGGCCCCUGCAGCAGUAGAGCAGCUGAAGUCGCACAGCAGGAAUGAAGAUGUGGCUGGCAAGUUGGAACAGGAGGGAGAGGCUCCACCAGAUGCUCGUGCAGCCAGGUUGGCCAGACGUGCUGAGGCAUCCAGCAUGGGCUCAGCGCAGACCAAAAGCACGUCAGGUACUCGAAAUCGGGGUAAUAGAAUGGCGCGCAAAGUGAAGGCACCGUUGCCUGACGAUACAUCAAGUGGAGUCCAGGAGUCUCUUAUUCAGCCGACGCUCUCGCUGUCAACAUCAACGGUGCAAGGAAUGAGGGCUGAUGAUACGAACAAUGGCCUAAGUGCAACGAAUGACGUCGGACAGUGUGAUGAGGAACGUGGGGAAAGAACAAGCAUUGCGACCAUUGAAAAAGCAAAUAUUGGACGCAUGCGCAAUGACGAGAUACGAAGCCCAGAACCGUCCAACAACGAGCUCCACUUGGAGGUUCAGCAUAGUGGGACAGCAGGCGAUCGAUACGAGUCGAUCGAGCGCGAUAUCAAAGUAAUGCAAAGUGGGUUACAUUCUGCUAUCAUCACCCAAAACCACUCAGCCAAGGCCAACGAGUCAGCGACCAAGAGCUCAUGCAUCAACUGGGAAAACGCCUACAUGACCACAACUCUAGACGCGCAAAACGCUGCAGCGACAACGCAACUAGAGUAG